ACUGCUAUUGAUUUGUUCAUUGGGGGAAAGGGGGUGGGAGGUGGUUUGAUAGGCCCGGAUCGUCGGGAGUGCCCUUGAUGUGGCUAUCGACCUGGUCUGUCUCCCCUGCAGGCGGGGAGUGGAUUGUGUGGUACUCAGAAGUAAGAUCAUGAGAGAAACAUCGAUCUAGAUGGGCAAGGAAAACUCGUGGAUGGCUUGUUGGUUGCGGGCGGGCAGCUGCAGCCAGUGUUUUUGAAGUUUAAUGUGUGGAUGAACCGGUGCAAGUCAAAACACCAACCCCCAAGGGGAAGGAGGAGGAGGAGCGAGGGAAAAAUUGUGGAAUAUUUCUUUCUUCAGGGUAAGCAAAGAGCGUCGGCCGGUGCUGGUCUUUUCGGGCGUCUAUGGAGGGAAAAAGAAGUGGACCGCCUCGGUGACAUGCCGGGCAAGAGAUUGACACAGAAGACUGAAUUGUGGUUGGUGGCGAACUUUUUUGUGGGGGGAGUUGGUGUGGUGUGGUGUGAAGAGGAGAGGUAUGUCUCUUGUGGCAGACAGAAGAGGGGGCAGGCCUGUUUUUGCAGACCUGGUUCUCACAGGCCUUCAUUUGGGCCAAGGGGGGGUGACGUUGAAGGUGAUAGACAGACCAUACCGAACAUAGGGCUUUUAGGUUGGCCCAGCUAGGGAAAUAAUGAGUAAAGCCAAGUACUUCUAC